AGCCUCGCUUCCCGGCCCUCCGCCCCAAACCGGCCUUUUGACCUCCCGCCUCCUCUCUAAGCUUCCCGUUUCCUUCUCCUGACGUCACAUUUGGCGCGAAAAAUUGCCCGGGAAGACGCGGAAAGGGGGCGGGGGCACCUGCCGUCGGAGGGUCCUGAUUGGUCCGCGCAGCCACGCGGGAGCUCUAGUGGCGCGAAUCUUUUGUCCUUGUCCGGACCGGAGCGGCGGCGGAGAAAAAAAGGAAAAGACUCCCAAUGGAUCUUGCCACGGCGGCGGCGGCGGAGGGCGGCUUGGCUGCGCCCAAUGCGCUCAAGCACAUCCGCGAUGAGGUGGCCGAGAAGUGCCAGAAGCUCUUCCAGGACUUUCUCGAAGAAUUCCAGAGCAGUGAUGGAGAAGUUAAAUACUUACGUGAUGCAGAGGAGCUGAUCCGUCCAGAGAGGAACACAUUGAUUGUAAGCUUUGAGGAUCUGGAACAGUUUAAUCAACAACUUGGUACUACAAUCCAGGAAGAGUUUUAUAGAGUCUACCCUUUCCUGUGUCGAGCUGUGAAAACCUUUGCCAGAGACCAUGGAAAUGUUCCUCCAAACAAGGACUUCUAUGUUGCUUUCCAUGACUUGGCUACGAGACACAAAAUUCGAGAAAUGACAUCAGCUCGGAUUGGAUCGCUUAUCCGUAUUAGUGGGCAAGUGGUCCGCACCCAUCCUGUUCACCCAGAGCUUGUAAGUGGAACCUUCCUCUGUCUGGAUUGCCAAACCGUGAUAAAAGAUGUGGAGCAGCAGUUCAAGUACACACAGCCCAACAUCUGCAGAAACCCAGUCUGUGCCAAUAGGAAACGAUUCCUUUUAGACACCAACAAGUCCCGAUUUGUUGACUUUCAAAAGGUUCGUAUUCAAGAAACACAGGCUGAACUGCCCAGAGGGAGCAUUCCUCGCAGCGUUGAGGUGGUCUUGCGUGCUGAAGCCGUAGAAUCGGCUCAAGCCGGUGACAAAUGUGACUUCACAGGGACCCUCAUUGUUGUGCCUGAUGUGGCUCAGCUGUCCACUCCAGGUGUACGUGCAGAAACUGGCUCCCGUGUGACUGGGAAAGAAGGUUAUGAAACUGAAGGUAUCAGAGGUCUUCGGGCACUUGGAGUCAGAGAGUUAUCCUAUAAACUGGUCUUCUUGGCAUGUUAUGUUGAACCAACAAACCCAAGGUUUGGUGGCAAGGAACUCCGGGACGAGGAACAGACUGCAGAAAGCAUUAAAAACCAGAUGUCGGUAGAGGAGUGGGAAAAAGUAUUUGAAAUGAGCCAGGAUAAAAAUCUUUAUCACAACCUUUGCACCAGCCUUUUCCCUACCAUACAUGGUAAUGAUGAAGUAAAGCGAGGGAUUCUUCUUAUGCUGUUUGGUGGUGUUCCUAAGACAACAGCAGAAGGCACUUCUUUACGUGGUGACAUCAAUGUUUGCAUUGUUGGAGAUCCAAGUACCGCCAAGAGUCAGUUUCUUAAGCAUGUGGAGGAAUUCAGCCCCCGAGCCGUGUACACCAGUGGAAAAGCCUCCAGUGCCGCUGGCUUAACCGCUGCGGUUGUGAAAGACGAAGAGUCCUAUGAAUUCGUCAUUGAAGCGGGUGCCCUCAUGUUGGCAGACAAUGUAAAGGACACUUUACACUCAAUGCAUGCUACUUUGAAUGCCAGAACUUCUAUUUUGGCGGCAGCUAACCCAGUUGGUGGACGUUAUGACAGAGCAAAGUCCUUGAAGCAGAAUAUAAACCUGUCAGCCCCCAUCAUGUCUAGAUUUGAUCUGUUCUUCAUUCUUGUGGAUGAAUGUAAUGAGGUUACAGAUUAUGCCAUUGCUAGACGCAUCGUGGAUCUUCAUUCUAGGAUCGAUGAUUCGAUUGAUCGUAUUUACACAUUAGAUGAUAUCCGAAGAUACCUUCUUUUUGCCAGGCAGUUUAAACCAAAGAUUUCUAAAGAGUCAGAAGAUUUUAUAGUUGAGCAGUACAAGCGCCUGCGUCAGAGGGAUGGCUCUGGUGUUACCAAAUCAUCUUGGAGAAUCACAGUGCGACAACUGGAGAGCAUGAUUCGCCUGUCGGAAGCAAUGGCACGGAUGCAUUGCUCUGAUGAGGUUCAUCCAAAACAUGUGAAGGAAGCCUUCAGGUUAUUGAACAAAUCUAUUAUCCGAGUUGAAACUCCGGACAUCAACUUAGGCCAGGAUGAAGAAGAACUGCCCACUGAGGAGCCUGAGGCUCAGGAUGGAGCUGCUGAAAAUGGAGAGUCCGUAGCUGUAAACGACUUGGUCAAUGGCGUUGGUGGCCACCCUGGUGAUUCAGGCAACGUAUCUCCACCAAAGGCUUCGUUAAGGCUUAGUUUUCCUGAGUACCGCAGAAUUUCUAACCUCCUUGUGAUACACCUCAGAAAAGCAGAAGAAGAAGAUGAUGAGGCUUCCUUAAAAAAGAGUGAACUUAUCAACUGGUAUUUAAAGGAAAUUGAGUCGGAAAUAGAUUCUGAGGAAGAACUCGUCAAUAGAAAGAAGAUAAUAGAAAAAGUUAUCCAUCGCCUUACACACUAUGAUCACAUACUAAUUGAGCUCACCCAGACAGGACUGAAAGAUUCAGCAGAAGGCCAGAGCUUUGAUGAAGACCCCUUCCUGGUAGUUAAUCCUAACUAUUUGCUCGAAGAUUAAAGGUUUUGAAGAAGCAGUGCUUCAUGAUAAGAGCCCAUUAUUCACUUUCCAAGACAUAUCACAAUACUGAAGAUACACUGUUGUACAUAGUUGGCUAACAUGGAAGAGCUUUGUCACAGAAUUCACCCACUAUAUCUUUUUAGUAGAAUUUUUUAAUAUAUAAGAGACUUUGUUCCUUCUGAAUGAGGAGUCAUGCAAGCUGAUAAGAAAGCUUUGUAAAAAGAAGCUGAUCUGCCUUAAUGUUGCUCCUGUAUUUUACUUAAGUCUUCUUAAACAUGUUUCGGUAGCCUGAUAUUAUGCCAUAGAUUUCUUUCCCAACUAUUUUAUUGGUGUUAAAUAAAUAAAUAAAGCUGUAUGUAUCCCCA